AUGUCUUGGUUACUCGGUCACGGCAAGACCGCCUACACACACCACACGUCACUAAUUCCGCUGGCAACUAAGUCUGGAUCCAAGACCACACUGCUAGAGAUCGCCCAAUCUUCGAUAGCACCAUGUCGUCUCAACCCAUUCCUCUUCAAUGGACACCUUCAGACUAUGUUCACAGCCUGGAAAGACCCGGGUCCACCAAUCCACUACAAGAGACACAUCUAUACAUCAAACCAUAGCGUGUACCCCGGCAGCUUCGCCGUCGACUUCGUCGUCAGCAAAGAAGAAGGCUCUGCAGCAACCUCCGAAUCCGAGCUACCAGAACGCACCACCCUCUACUCUGAGAAGGAAUGGGAGAAUAUAGGCAGCACCGACUCCAAACCAAUGCUCAUCGCACUCCACGGCCUAACUGGCGGAAGCCACGAAGUGUACCUCCGCGAAACCCUCGCACCUCUCACAGCUGCUGGAUGGGAAGCUUGCGUCGUCAACGGCCGUGGCUGCGCACUCUCCAAGAUCACGACGCCACAAUUGUUCAACGCGCGAGCAACUUGGGAUCUCCGAACGACGGUCAAAGAACUGCAGAUGCUGUUCCCCAACAGGCCACUCUACGCAGUCGGGUACUCCCUCGGCGCCAACAUCCUCACCAACUACUGCGGGGAAGAAGGCUCGAAGUGCGUGCUGCGCGCUGCAGUCGCAAACUCGAACCCGUGGAACCUUGAAGUCGCCAACGUCGAGCUGAACCGCACAUGGCUGGGUGUCAACAUUUACUCUCGCACCAUGGGGAGGAACUUGAUGGGUCUGUAUGAGAGGCACAAGGAGCAGAUACUACAGAACACGGAUAUCAAGAAGGAGGUUGUCGAGCAGUGCAAGUAUCUGUAUGAAUUUGACCGGCACGUGCAGUGUCCGUCGUGGGGGUAUCCGACGGAGGGCGCGUAUUAUAGGGACGCGCAGAGUGUGGAUGCGCUUGUGGCGGUGAGAGUGCCGUUCUUGGGCAUUAAUGCUGAGGACGAUCCGAUCUCCUCCAAAGCCGCCAUCCCGUUCGAAGAGUUCAAGCAGAACCCGUACACGCUACUCUGCACGACCGACUGGGGCGGCCAUCUGGGGUCCUUCCAGCUGGGCGGCGGCCGCUGGUUCGCAACAGCCACUGCCUCGUUCCUGACCAAAAUCCACGACACCGUUGACCACGCUGCGUCCAAGGCGGUGCGACAAGAGGACAAGGUCGACACGCCUAACAAAGUGUAUCCCAUCUUCGACCCCAACCACAGACGACUGGUUCUGCCGGACGCAUAG